GCCCCGGCUCCUCCCCGCUCGGGCGGGCGCUCCGCCGUGUCCCCGCCCGUCAGUCCGCCCGGCCCGGCUGGCCGCAGACGGGGCUUGGGCGGCCGCGCGCGCAGCUCCGAACCCCCGGGCAUCGGGGGGCAUCGGCGCUACUGCUGACCGGCGGCCGGUCCCGGGUUGCGACCCGGCCAGAGCGAAAAGGCGGCGACACCAUGUUCUCCCUCAAGCCUCCCAGACCCACCUUCAGGUCCUACCUCCUGCCGCCGCCCCAGACUGACGAUAAGAUUAAUUCGGAACCGAAGAUUAAAAAACUGGAGCCAGUCCUUUUGCCAGGAGAAAUUGUCGUAAAUGAAGUCAAUUUUGUGAGAAAAUGCAUUGCAACGGACACAAGUCAGUACGAUCUGUGGGGAAAGCUGAUCUGCAGUAACUUCAAAAUUUCCUUUAUUACGGAUGACCCGAUGCCAUUACAGAAAUUCCAUUACAGAAACCUUCUUCUUGGUGAACAUGAUGUACCUUUAACAUGUAUUGAGCAAAUUGUCACAGUAAAUGACCACAAGAGGAAGCAGAAAGUCCUAGGUCCCAACCAGAAACUGAAAUUUAAUCCAACAGAGUUAAUUAUUUACUGUAAAGAUUUCAGAAUUGUCAGAUUUCGCUUUGAUGAAUCAGGUCCUGAAAGUGCCAAAAAGGUAUGCCUUGCAAUAGCUCAUUAUUCCCAGCCAACAGACCUCCAGCUACUCUUUGCAUUUGAAUAUGUUGGGAAAAAAUACCACAAUUCAGCCAGUAACAUUAAUGGAAUACCCUCAGGAGGUGGCCAGGGGACUGGUGGUGGCAGCGUCCAGAACACUCCGCUCUUCGAAACGUACUCAGACUGGGACCGAGAAAUGAAGAGGACAGGUGCUUCCGGUUGGAGAGUUUGUUCCAUUAACGAGGGUUACAUGAUAUCCACCUGCCUUCCAGAAUACUUUGUAGUGCCAAGUUCUUUAGCAGACCAAGACCUGAAGAUCUUUUCCCAUUCUUUUGUUGGAAGAAGGAUGCCACUCUGGUGCUGGAGCCACUCUAAUGGCAGUGCUCUUGUGCGAAUGGCCCUCAUAAAAGACGUGCUGCAACAGAGGAAAAUUGACCAGAGGAUUUGUAAUGCAAUUACUAAAAGUCAUCCACAGAGAAGUGAUGUUUACAAAUCAGAUUUGGAUAAGACCUUGCCCAAUAUCCAAGAAAUACAGGCGGCUUUUGUGAAACUUAAGCAACUAUGCGUUAAUGAGCCUUUUGAAGAAACUGAAGAAAAAUGGUUGUCUUCACUGGAAAAUACUCGGUGGUUAGAAUAUGUAAGGGCAUUCCUUAAACAUUCAGCAGAGCUCGUGUACAUUCUAGAAAGCCGGCAUCUCUCCGUCAUCCUACAAGAGGAGGAGGGAAGAGACUUGAGCUGUAUUGUAGCUUCUCUUGUUCAAGUGAUGCUGGAUCCCCAUUUUAGGACAAUUACAGGAUUUCAGAGUCUGAUCCAGAAGGAGUGGGUCAUGGCCGGGUAUCAGUUCCUAGACAGAUGCAACCACUUAAAGAGAUCCGAGAAAGAGUCUCCCUUAUUUUUGCUCUUCCUGGAUGCCACGUGGCAGCUCCUGGAACAGUACCCGGCGGCCUUCGAGUUCUCGGAGACGUACUUAGCAGUGCUGUACGACAGCACCCGCAUCCCCCUCUUUGGCACCUUCCUCUUCAACUCUCCUCACCAGCGGGUGAAACAAAGCACGGAAUUUGCUAUCAGCAAGAAUAUCCAGUUGGGUGGUGAAAAGGGUUUAAAAUUCCCCUCGGUUUGGGACUGGUCUCUUCAGUUUACAGCGAAGGACCGCACCCUUUUCCAUAACCCCUUGUACAUCGGAAAGAGCACGCCUUGCGUACAGAAUGGUUCUGUGAAAUCUUUCAAACGGACAAAGAAAAGCUACAGCUCCACGCUGAGAGGCAUGCCGGCUGCCUUCAAGAACGGAGUCCUUGGCGACCAAGACUUAGUUCCCAGGAGAAAUUCCUUGAUACUAAAAGCAAAGCCCGAGCCUCCUCAGCACCCCGACGGCCGGAAGAGCGGGAUGGAGCGCUACUUGACAGAGUGGUUUUCCAAACCGGCCGACCUGCACGGCGUCAUUCUGCCGCACCUCUCCGGGCCGCGCGUCAAACUCUGGAAACUCUGCUACUUCCGCUGGCUGCCUGAGGCCCAGAUCAAGCUCGGCGGCUUCAUCACCGCCUUUCACAAGCUCUCCCUGCUGGCCGACGAGGUGGACGUGCUCAGCAGGACGCUGCGGCAGCCCCGGGCCGGCCCCCUGGAAGCCUGCGAUUCGGGGCUGGACAAGAGCAGGAUGUACUUCCGGGCCAGCGGCCCGCACGACGCCUCGGGGACGCCGGAGUUCCUCUCUUCCUCCUUUCCCUUCUCGCCCGUAGGCAACCUCUGCAGGCGAAGCAUUUCAGGAACACCAUUAAGCAAAUUUUUAAGUGGGGCCAAGAUAUGGUUAUCUACUGAGACACUAGUAAAUGAAGACUGAAACGUACUAUUUUCUGAACGUCUUGAGGGAAGCCACAAACUUCUCCGCUGAAUUAAAAUUGCUAACCUAGGCAUUUGAGGCUCUAAGAAUUUUCUAUGUCAGAAUAACAGUUGAAAUUUGCACUAAUAUUUGAAAACCUGUUGAAUUAUGCUUCCUUUGUAAUUUUUUUUUUAAAAAAAACAGGCAGAACUUUUCUUUUUGAUGGCCUCUUUUUGCCAUUGCAGGUCUGGCCCAGUUGUAGGUGAUCUGGAGGCAGACCUUCCCCCUCUCUUAACUACUGUGAGCAAACCAGUUAACAGGAAAGUUAAGAAAUUAAUGUUUAGUAGAUUUUCAAGAUGCAUCCGGUAAGCGCCCCCCACAGGCGGUAGGAGGUAUUCAUAUAUUUUUCCGGUCACUUUCCGGUCUCUCUAAAUCCCCUGAGGGUUCAGUAUUUCCAAGGCCAUAAUUUAUUGUAGAUCACCUUGUUGGGGACCGUAGAUCACUGUGUUUUAAAAUCCUGAGUUUGCUUUUACCUUCAUAGGACUAAUAUGCACGGUUGACUUUGAAAGCAUUUGCUGUAGAUAAUACCAACUUAGAAGUGCCUUUGACAUUAAUAUUAAUUAAGGUACGCAUUAACGCAAAGUAAAACACAAUUUCAGUUUUUAAAAUAAGGGUGUUAAAAGCCCGCAUAUUGGAAAACAGGCUUUUCACCUCGGAGCUUCCUACCAAUGGCCAGGAGUCCCCAAAGCCACAUUGCCUUCCCUCUGAAAGUCAGCGAGGACACAGCGGGCGUGUGGGGAGGUCCGUGUUGGUGGGACAGCAGCAGGGGGGAGAGUGCUGUCCGCCGAAACCCACCCUCAGAAAGAGCGGUCUUGCUCCGAGGCGUUUGGGGCGUUUCCCGUCUAUGUCCAGUGUGGUGAACCGUUGCGGACACUUGCCCUUGGGAAUCACUAAGGAGGCCAUGAGUCCGCUCACCUGUGCGGAAGGCCCUCCUCCCACCGACAAAGUGCCUGGUGGCCCGGUAGAGCCAACAGGAGAAAUGAAAGUGUACCUCUCUCAAAAGACUGCCAUUUUCAUGUGGAGAGAAGCCCCCCCCCCCCCCGGCCUCUGCCAGCCGUAUGGAGAGGGAGAAGCACACAGAGGUGUGUGUGGGUCAGACCGUGGGACCGGAACCCAGCCAGCGCUGGGGGGGCCAAGCCGAAGCUCCUCACGGCGAUGGCCUUCACCCCUCCCUCCGGUGCGCACCCCAGGCCCUGUUGACAGGGUGGAUGUUUUCAAAUUGGGCUGUUGUUUAGAGUUUCUUAAUUAAACUGCCAUCUUAAGCUUUACAAGAGUUUUGCAGUGAAGUGGUUAAUCUUUUCUAAAAGUUUUUUCAGAGCACUGUUUUACUGUUAGGUGUCAUGAAUAGCUGUUUCUGUUUGAAUUAUUCGCCUUUUUAAGAUUGACGUCUCUGGCCUUCAAGGACAGAAGUUCUUAUAAAAUGUCUUAGGAAAUUCAUCUUGUGGAUAAGCCCAGUGUUUUUGCCAACUUUGCCUAGAAAAUCAGGGCUUUUUUCAGUAGCACUGUUGGCAUUAAACAUUUUAUAGUCCUUGAUUGGAAACCAGUCCCAAUCCCUUUAAAAUCCCACAGCAUAUCCUGCCACGGAAAGUGUAAUAAUUCUCCCUUUUUGAUUAAGCUGCCUUUUUAUUAUUACAAAUUAUUCUAAACUGGGGGGUUUUGGAGAGGGAUUGUUGAGCAUUUAUCUCUCUAUACUUCUCUUUCCUCACAUUUAUCUCAACUCCUUGAGCAAUUUUUUUGUUAAUUUACGAGUUUAAAGAAGAUUAGGUACUGUUAAUACUGUUUUAAAAUAGAAAAUGUGCAUAUUUUUGUAUGGUAAUCAGAUGUAGUAAAAUACAGUUUUUCAUUUUAUUUUUGCUGGACAGCUGUUAUAUCAUGAUUAUCGUGCCACAGUUUAUCGUGCAUAAUAUGAAGAACAGCUGUAACGGCGUCGAGUCCCAGCCGUCGUAAAGCUUCCUGACACCCCUGCUGGCAGGAAGGGUGAGGGGCCGACUGAAGGCCUGCGUGCGGGAACGGACGCCACGCCAAAGAGCGCCUCACACCCCGGCCCCGCUGCCCCGCGAGCCAGCUUCGCGCCGACGGCAUGCCGCACGGGCCCCAGACAGCUUGGGACUUCCUAGUACUGGCAAAAAUGUACAAUGUCUUCCUGUUAUUUUAUGAUGGAAACCGGUUCUAAAACCAAAAAUGUCUUUUAACUUUAUUUAAGAAAAGUGUAUUAAUUUGUGCUAACGGGGAAAAUUAGUCAACGUACCUUCAACGAAACCUGCUUGCCGUAGCAGUAACCUCAAGUAGUUAGAACUUGAUUUUGAGAGAAAACUAAAAACCUUUGUGCCUAAAAUUGAUGGACUUCGAUUAAAGUAGGAUGAGCAGGAAGGUGAGAGAGCCUGUUCAACGGUGAUGAAUGUGAAGGAAAUUUUGACUGCUAAAUAAAAUUCCCACAGAAAUU